GCAAGUGGGUGGUCUCUAUCAGGAAGACCUUAUUCGGGAACAAACUUGAAAGACCAGAAGGAGAGGAGUGGCGUGUGUUCUGCAAACACAAACUGUGGUCAACCAGCCAGCAGCAAAAUCAGACAUCCAUCAGUGUUACACACCGAGACAUCUUCAGACAGACGAGCAUGGACACAGAGAGAAAGAUGCUAAUAUUCAUUCUGCUUCUGACAGCUGUUUGCAGUCCUGUGUUUAGUGGAGAAUGGAAGGCUACUGUUGCUGAAAACCUUGAUGCUCUUGUUACCUCCUGUGUGGUGGUGCCCUGUUCGUUCACCCAUGUUGGAGGACUGCUUCCAAACUCCAGACUCAGAGGACUCUGGCAUCGUCAAGACAAGUUUGAUCAAUUUAUCUAUCACGAGGAUCAGACGAGGGUCUUGGACAACUUUAAAGAGCGAACACAACUGUUGGGACGUCUGGGUGAAAACAACUGCACCUUGGAAAUAACUGAUAUGAAAGAUCAUGACAACGGUCCUUUCUGUUUCCGAGUUGAAGUAGUGCGUAAAGAGACCAAUGAACCCACUAGAGACAAGUUCUCCUUUGUUGAGGACUGUGUCCAGUUCAAAAUGCUCCAUGAUGCUCCAAAACCUGUCCUGACACCACCAAAGACAGCCAUUGAAGGAAAACCCUACACUAUCAUUUGCUCAGUCACACAUACCUGUCCCUCCCAUCUACCUAAACUCACAUGGAACUGGGGCAAUGGAGGAGACAUCACUGAGAUUCAUAAACAACACUAUGGUGGAAACUGGGAGGCAACGUCCACCUUAACGUUUGUAGCACAGGCCAAGGAUGACUACACUGACCUCACCUGCUCAGCUGAAUUUCAUGGAGGAAAGACAUCCUCCUCAGCUGUGACGCUCUCCAUAAAACGUUCUGAAAACUACAAUCACAUCAUCAUUCCUGCUGCAGUGGGGAUUGGCACUGCUGUGAUCUUUGGACUCCUCUGUGUUUUCAUGGUGAAGAAAUACAAGAAACGUAUUGCAGAGCUCCAAAGUCAAGUGGGGGCAGGGCCAGAUUCUGAAGAUGAGAAGCGAAGAAACAGGUUUCUCUAAAAUACAUGAGACCACACAUUUUUUUUCCGUUCUUUAUUUUUCAGGACUUUAACAGUUUAAUUAUUGUAACUGUACAUUUACGCACAGAGGGGAAUGGACUCGAAGUCCUUGAGGCAGUCCGACAACACCAAGAAGAAGGAGCUCAAAGUCACCAGUAUCUGAGUCCUAUAUGUGGCUUUUAAAGUAGGAAUCAAAUUAAAGGAAGGACAAAAGACACAUGGAGGAGGAUGGGGGAUUGUUUUGAGCAAUUUUGUGAGAUCUCUGCCCAUAAUGUUUCUUUGUUAAUACGCCUUUACUACAGAAGAAACUCAUUUACAUUUACUAACUCAUAUGUUUUCCUUUUUCCUGAACUGAUAUAUAAGUAGUGUUAUGUAACAAAUGUUCAUUGUAAAAGUCACCCUUUUCAUAUACACAAGUAGACGUUAUUGGUAUCGGGAUAUUGGCCUUGGUAUUUCUUGAUGUCGGAUGGGGAAUAUUAAAUUCACAAACAGUAUGUUCAAACACUGAACAAUGCAUAGCCUGAAUGUGUUAUUGUUAAAUUCUAUUAAAUGGGGAGAGGCCGUCUGUGGCUUUUUGUCAGCUUCACUUUAAACUGCUCGUCUCUAAGCCUCCUGUGUAAAAAUGACAUAUAAUAGUAAAUGGAUUAUACACCUCUAAGGGCUGUAUGAAUAAUUGUGGUUACCUGUGACACAAGCAUCAGUGAGACGGGUACAGAGAUGUCAGAAUAAAGAUAUGUUACUGUGUCAGAGAAAAUUCACCUGGAACAAAAUAAAAAUUUUAGAGAUUUUUUAGCCCAGGUAAAUCUAGGCGGAACUACCAAUUGUGCCUUUUUGUCACUUUUUGACACCAUAUGUACCAUUUGACCUUUUUCAGGUACC